GCGGCUUCUCAGGGGCGGGGCUGCUGCAGAGCAUCUCCUAGCUGGAGCCGCGCUUUGUUCUUGCUGCCUUCUAGACCCGCCAGCGUCAGGGUCCAUCCCUCGCUCCCCUCUCGCUCCCGCCCACGCCCUGCAUCUGGGCCCGCACCCCUUCACCCAAAAGCUCCGUCCCAGAUCCUGCCCUCGCCCCUCCCCCAGGCUUCUGGCCAGCGCCCUUGCCUGGUAGGUAGCCUUCUAUCCAACCCUCCCUCCUGCACCUUCUUUUCCCUGGACCCCUGUCCUGUCCCCCGUUCCCCAAGUGCCGGGUCGCUCCGCCCCUCCGGACCGGGGAUGUCCCCCGCAGCCCCGCGCCCAUGGUCCUGACGCUGCUCCUCUCCGCCUACAAGCUGUGCCGCUUCUUCACCAUGUCGGGCCGACGGCCAGGCGGUGAGCGGCUAGCGGUGCCGGGGCCGGACGGGGGCGGCGGCGCGGGCCCAUGGUGGACCGCGGGCGGCCGCGGGCCCCGCGAGGUGUCGCCCGGGGCAGGCUCCGAGGUGCAGGGUGCCCUGGAGCGCGCGCUGCCCGAGCUGCAGCAGGCGCUGUCGGCGCUGAAGCAGGCGGCGGGCGCGCGGGCCGUGGGCGCCGGCCUGGCGGAGGUCUUCCAGCUGGUGGAGGAGGCCUGGCUGCUUCCGGCCGUGGGCCGAGAGGUAGCCCAGGGUCUGUGCGACGCCAUCCGCCUGGACGGCGGCCUCGACCUGCUGCUGCGACUGCUGCAGGCGCGGGAGCUGGAGACGCGCGUGCAGGCCGCCCGCCUGCUGGAGCAGAUCCUGGUGGCUGAGAACCGGGACCGCGUGGCGCGCAUCGGUUUGGGCGUGAUCCUGAACUUGGCAAAAGAGCGGGAGCCGGUGGAGCUGGCGCGGAGCGUGGCCGGCAUCCUGGAGCACAUGUUCAAGCACUCGGAGGAGACGUGCCAGCGGCUGGUGGCGGCCGGUGGCCUGGACGCCGUGCUGUACUGGUGCCGCCGCACGGACCCGGCGCUGCUCCGCCACUGCGCGCUGGCGCUGGGCAACUGCGCGCUGCACGGGGGCCAGGCGGCGCAGCGGCGCAUGGUGGAGAAGCGCGCCGCCGAGUGGCUCUUCCCGCUCGCCUUCUCCAAAGAGGACGAGCUGCUGCGGCUGCACGCCUGCCUCGCGGUGGCGGUGCUGGCAACCAACAAGGAGGUGGAGCGCGAGGUGGAGCGCUCCGGCACGCUGGCGCUCGUGGAGCCGCUCGUAGCCUCGCUGGACCCCGGCCGCUUCGCUCGCUGCCUGGUGGAUGCCAGUGACACAAGCCAGGGCCGCGGGCCCGACGACCUGCAGCGCCUUGUGCCACUACUCGACUCCUCGCGCUUGGAGGCGCAGUGCAUCGGGGCUUUCUAUCUGUGUGCCGAGGCUGCCAUCAAGAGCCUGCAGGGCAAGACUAAGGUAUUCAGCGACAUCGGAGCCAUUCAGAGCCUGAAACGCUUGGUUUCCUACUCCACCAAUGGCACCACGUCGGCGCUGGCCAAACGCGCGCUGCGCUUGCUGGGCGAGGAGGUGCCGCGGCCCAUCCUGCCCUGCGUGGCCAGCUGGAAGGAGGCCGAGGUCCAGACAUGGCUACAGCAGAUCGGCUUCUCCCAUUACUGCGAGAGCUUCCGGGAGCAGCAGGUAGAUGGCGACCUGCUUCUGCGGCUCACGGAGGAGGAGCUCCAGACUGACCUGGGCAUGAAAUCCGGCAUCACCCGCAAAAGAUUCUUUAGGGAGCUCACGGAGCUCAAGACCUUCGCCAACUACGCUACGUGCGACCGCAGCAACCUGGCUGACUGGCUGGGCAGCCUGGACCCGCGCUUCCGCCAGUAUACGUACGGCCUGGUCAGCUGCGGCCUGGACCGCUCCCUGCUGCACCGCGUGUCGGAGCAGCAGCUCCUGGAGGACUGCGGCAUCCGCCUGGGCGUGCACCGCGCCCGCAUCCUCACGGCCGCCAGAGAAAUGCUACACUCCCCCCUGCCCUGCCCUGGCGGCAAGCCCAGUGGGGACAUCCCAGACGUCUUCAUCAGCUACCGCCGGAACUCAGGCUCCCAGCUGGCCAGCCUCCUGAAGGUGCAUCUGCAGCUGCACGGCUUCAGUGUCUUCAUUGAUGUGGAGAAGCUGGAAGCAGGCAAGUUCGAGGACAAGCUCAUCCAGAGUGUCAUGGGUGCCCGCAACUUUGUGCUGGUGCUGUCGGCCGGGGCCCUGGACAAGUGCAUGCAGGACCAUGAGUGCAAAGACUGGGUGCACAAGGAGAUUGUGACUGCUUUGAGCUGCAGCAAGAACAUUGUGCCGGUCAUCGAUGGCUUCGAGUGGCCAGAGCCCCAGGACCUGCCUGAGGACAUGCAGGCUGUGCUCUCCUUCAAUGGCAUCAAGUGGUCCCACGAGUACCAGGAGGCCACGAUUGAGAAGAUCAUCCGCUUCCUGCAGGGCCGCUCCUCUCGGGACUCAUCUGCAGGCUCUGACACCAGUUUGGAGGGGGCCGCACCCAUGGGCCCAACUUAACCAGUCCUUAGUUCCCAAGCUCUCCUGCGACCCCCAUUUCCAUCAUCCCUCCCGAAGGAGCAGCUCCUCAAACUGGCCUCUCUCUGCUGCAACCGCCCGGGGCCCUUCCCUGGAAAUGGCUGUCGCUCUGCCCCCUCCCUCACAGUCCAUCUCAAACCCAGCCUCCUUGGUGUCUAGAAAUGGAAGGGAAGCCAGGCACUGGGGGUGCUCAGGGCCAGACCCCCCCCCACCCCCCGCCGGCCCUGCCACCAGGCUCUCUAUCUCAGGUGUGGGAGAGACUCUGGAGAUUGAGGGUUUGCCGCAUACGACAUUCCCUCCUGCCCAGACAGCAGCCAGGCAGCCUCCCUCUGACAGGAGUUCGGGCAAUGCCCACCCCUCGGGGCUAAGCAAGGGCCUGGGCCCAGCAGCCAGCCGGAGAUGGGGGUCCGGUGAUGGCUUUCCACCUAGAUAGUGCCUGGCUUCUGGCCUCACCGCUUCCUGCCACCCUGUGGCCUUGACCUCUAACCACUGUGUCCUUAGCUGGCCUGGUCCCCGGUCCCCUCCCAGCCUUCCUGAGGUGCAGUCCUCUUGGCCACACCCGGGGUCAGGGUCACCCUCACUCUGGCUGGCCUGCAGCUGCUCUCCUCGGUGCAAGGGAGCCGCCUCCUGGGGCCUGGGCCUGCUCAACAGGCAGCUCACCACCCUCCACAUGCCUUGUUGCUGUGCCUCAGUUCCCGCCGGCCUGGAUCAGCUGGCUUCCCCAGCCCCUCCCCACCCACUUGCUCAGGGGGCGGCCAGGGGAGGCAGCCCCCUGUGUCAGCAGCAGUCAGCUGGACAGAGCCUGCAGCAACACGGGAAGAGGCAGG